GAAUGCCUUAUUAAGGUAUAAAUACAGGAUCCACAUGUUAGAAAUAAGUAGGAACAUGAUAAAAUUGAUUCCAGUAUCAUAGCAUCGUUUUUCGUAUAAAAUUUAUUAAUUUAUAUCAAUAAUCAAAAUUAUUAAUGCGUUAUUAAAUUUCUUAAUCAAUCUUACGAUUAUAUAAUUGCUGAUUUUGUUCAUAAACUUUUCUCCUCUGACGUUAUCGUUAAAUUAAAUAUACACUAAUCGAUGAUUAAUCAUGUUAAUUUGGCUGCAAUUAAAAGCUUAUCGAUGAACGUGGUAUCUUCACAAUAGUUAUUCUUUAACACGAUGAUUCGUGAUCGGAUUGAUAAGCAUGCGUUAGAAAAGUGCAAGAAUCUUAACGAAUGCGCGUGAUAUGACGCUAUGCAAAAUAUAUUCCUUAUUGUGUUUUGUAAGUUGUUUGCGAUAUACAUGGUAAUAGUAGCAAAGAACGUUGAUGUAACCGUCAGUACCUCUAAUAGCAUUGAUAACAAUUCUGUUAACUAUAACAGUAUUAAUAGAACUAUGAUAAAAGAAACUACUAGUGUUAAUUUUUGUACAACAACAACAACAACAACUAGGUCGAAACAACUGGAAGAAAAUAUUUUAGGAGCCCAAUGCACUGAUUUAUCUGAAAUUCUUAAACAAUGGCGAAAUAAAAUAAUUGUACAGAAUGUAGGAAGAAAGAAUUUUUUAGAAAGUAAUGUAGAAUUAGUAAAUAUGGAAGAAACAGAAUUAGAUUCGAGGACUAUUCCUAUGGGGGAUCACAAAGUCAGUUACCCAUAUCCUUUCAUAGAUGAUAUUCAUCCUUAUUUUUGCGACGAUUUUUUACUUAUAAAUAAACCGCAUCAUAGACUUGUUAGAAAUUUAAAAUCAAUUAGUUACGAAUCCAAUUUAAGAUCGAAUCGUAAGAAAUCGAAAAGGGCAAGGAGAUCGUCGAACUUAUUUUUUCGUGGUAAGAGAAGAAGAUCGAAUCAUAGUUCUAUGUUUAGUGAAGAUUUUAAAUUUCGAAAUGAUUGGAACAAGACAUUUUUAUUAACAAGAUUAUUAGAACUGCCAUUUUUAAAAAGUACUACAAGGAGAAAUGUGGACCUUCAGCGAAUUUUACGAUUACCAGUCACCCAAAAAACAGUUGGUUUCGUUAAGAAAAGAAGAAAACGAGAUAUUAGAAGGAGAAGAGAUACUGAAACGACUAAUACAAUUACUGAAAAUAAGGAAGUGACCGCAUAUGUCGAUGCGUUAAAUAUCCUUACGACAGGAACACCGCAUGUUGAGUCACAGUUAACAUACAAUACUGAAUAUCAACAUGAAAUAGAUGUUUUACAAACAACCCUGAGUUGGGUAGAUCAGCAUCUACUUAGCACAACUAUGGUCCCAACUACAGUAGAAACAUUUUCGGUAAGUGAAGAUGAAUCGACCGAAGAACCUGAGAUAUUUCAUGAUAAGGAAUAUGAAGAAGAUUAUAAGGAAUCGUACGAUUAUGAUGAUGUAGAAUCUACUACAGAAUCUCCGGGAUGGUAUGAAUACGAAGAUACAACGAUUACCACAAAAGAGAUUACCACAACUACGAUGCUUUCAAUUGUAACUGUAACAAAUAUUUUAACAACUACUUUAAUGUCAACAACUACAACAUCAACAGUUAUGAACGAAGUAACAACAGAAACAACUACUUCUGAAGUAACAUCUACCACAACCGUAGCUCCAACAUUGCCAACAACGAAAGUAGAAACUACAAUUGAAAAAAUUAUAACUACGCCUUCAACAACAACAUUAGAACCUACUACUGAAGAAAGUACAACCAUAAUAUUAACAACAUCAGAAGCGACGACUACGGAAUCUACUGUUUUACCUAUUACCACGAUCACAGUAGUACCAACCACCACUUUAGUGGCUACUACUAAGGAAAAAACAACUGCAACAACGGAAUCAGUUGAAGUACCCACAACUAUAACCAGGUUACUUACGGCAAUACCAGAAACUACGACUGAAGAAAGCACGACUACUGAAGUAACAAUAGUAACAGCAGAACCAACAACGACUGCAUCUUCCACUACUACGGUAAAAGUAACCGUGGAAAGUACGACCAUAUCUUCAACAACCGUUGCAGAAGAAACAACGCGAGAGCCAACUACAAGAAUUACUACAUUAUUGCCAACAACGAUAUCAAAAUCUACUACCACAGCCAAAAUUACAACAGCUGAAGAAAUAACGACAGAAUCCACGAAGACCGCUAUCACCACAUCCACAGAAGGAACAACAAAUACUCAGAAGAGUACAACCACCACUAUUAUUACAACAAUUGAAGACACAACCACGGAGCCUACUGUUCCUUCCACUACCACCACCACAGUAGCUCCGACAACAGUAACAGUUAGUAGUACUACAGAAACUACCACUACAACUGAAAUGACCACAACAGAAUCCACAGAGCGUCCGACUACCACAGUUAGAAAAGCUCCAACUACAGUACCAUCCACAACUACCGAAAAAUCGACUACGAUAGUAGAAGAGACAACUACAGAAGCUACAAUUCCACCCCCUACCACCGUCACAUUAGUUCCGACUACAGUAAUAGCUACCACUGCUACUGAAUCUACCAGUACCAUAGCACCAACGACCACUGAAGUGAUAACGACAGGAUCUACAGAGGCUCCAACCACGAUAGCAGCUACUACUACCGAAGAGAGUACAUCCACCAUAAUUUCUACAUUCACAGUGGAAGCAACAACUACAGAAACUACCGUUCCACCCCCUUCCACUGUCACAACAGCUCCGACUACAGCAAUACUUACCACUGCUUCUGAAACUUCCAGUACCAUAGCCCCAACCACGACUGAAGUGGUAACAACAUCUACAGAAGCUCCAUCCACGGUACCAGCUACUACUACCGAGGAGAGUACAUCCACCAUAAUUACUACGACCACAGUACAGGAAACAACUACAGAAGCUGCUGUUCCACCCACUACAACCGUCACAGUAGCUUCGACCACAGUAGUAGCUACUACUGCUACUGAAACUUCUAGUACCGUAGCACCAACCACGACUGAAGUGGUAACGACAUCCACAGAAGCUUCAUCCACGAUAGCAGCUGCUACUACCGAGGAGAGUACAUCCACCAUAAUUACUACGACCACAGUAAAGGAAACAACUACAGAAGCUACUGUUCCACCCACUACCACCAUCAAAGUAGCUUCGACUACAGUAAUAGCUACCACUGCUGCUGAAACUACCACUACCAUAGCACCAACCACGACUGAAGUGGUAACGACAUCUACAGAAGCUCCAUCCACGAUAGCAGCUGCUACUACCGAGGAGAGUACAUCCACCAUAAUUACUACGACCACAGUAAAGGAAACAACUACAGAAGCUACUGUUCCACCCACUACCACCGUCAAAGUAGCUUCGACUACAGUAAUAGCUACCACUGCUGCUGAAACUACCAGCACAUCCACGACGGAAGUGACAACAACAUCUAGAGAGGCUCCAACCACGAUAGGAGCUACUACUACCGAGGAGAGUACAUCCACCAUAAUUACUACGACCACAACAGAGGAAACAACUACAAAAGCUACUGUUCCACCCACUACCACCGUCACUGUAGCUCCGACUACAGUAGUAGCUACUACUGCUACUGAAACUUCUAGUACCAUAGCACCAACCACGACUGAAGUGGUAACGACAUCCACAGAAGCUCCAUCCACGAUAGCAGCUACUACUACCGAGGAGAGUACAUCCACCAUAAUUACUACGACGACAGUAGAGGAAACAACGACACAAGCUACUGCUCCACCCACUACAACCGUCACAGUAGCUUCGACUACAGUAACAGCUACCAGUGCGAUUGAAACUACCAGUACCAUAGCACCAACCACGACUGAAGUGGUAACGACAUCUACAGAAGCUACUGUUCCACCCACUACAACCGUCACAGUAGCUUCGACUACAGUUACAGCUACCAGUCCUAUUGAAACUACCAGUACCAUAGCACCAACCACGACUGAAGUGGUAACGACAUCUACAGAAGCUCCAUCCACGAUAGCAGCUGCUACUACCGAGGAGAGUACAUCCACCAUAAUUACUACGACCACAGUAGAGGAAACAACUACAGAAGCUACGGUUCCACCCACUACAACCGUCACAGUAGCUUCGACUACAGUAACAACUACCAGUGUUAUUGAACCUACCAGUACCCUGGCACCAUCCACGACGGAAGUGACAACAACAUCUAGAGAGGCUCCAACCACGAUAGGAGCUACUACUACCGAGGAGAGUACAUCCACCAUAAUUACUACGACCACAGUAGAGGAAACAACUACAAAAGCUACUGUUCCACCCACUACCACCGUCACUGUAGCUCCGACUACAGUAGUAGCUACUACUGCUACUGAAACUUCUAGUACCAUAGCACCAACCACGACUGAAGUGGUAACGACAUCUACACAAGCUCCAUCCACGAUAGCAGCUACUACUACCGAGGAGAGUACAUCCACCAUAAUUACUACGACCACAGUAGAGGAAACAACGACAGAAGCUACUGUUCCACCCACUACAACCGUCACAGUAGCUUCGACUACAGUUACAGCUACCAGUCCUAUUGAAACUACCAGUACCAUAGCACCAACCACGACUGAAGUGGUAACGACAUCUACAGAAGCUCCAUCCACGAUAGCAGCUGCUACUACCGAGGAGAGUACAUCCACCAUAAUUACUACGACCACAGUAGAGGAAACAACUACAGAAGCUACGGUUCCACCCACCACAACCGUCACAGUAGCUUCGACUACAGUAACAACUACCAGUGUUAUUGAACCUACCAGUACCCUAGCACCAUCCACGACGGAAGUGACAACAACAUCUAGAGAGGCUCCAACCACGAUAGGAGCUACUACUACCGAGGAGAGUACAUUCACCAUAAUUACUACGACCACAGUAGAGGAAACAACUACAAAAGCUACUGUUCCACCCACUACCACCGUCACUGUAGCUCCGACUACAGUAGUAGCUACUACUGCUACUGAAACUUCUAGUACCAUAGCACCAACCACGACUGAAGUGGUAACGACAUCUACACAAGCUCCAUCCACGAUAGCAGCUACUACCACCGAGGAGAGUACAUCCACCAUAAUUACUACGACCACAGUAGAGGAAACAACGACAGAAGCUACUGUUCCACCCACUACAACCGUCACAGUAGCUUCGACUACAGUUACAGCUACCAGUCCUAUUGAAACUACCAGUACCAUAGCACCAACCACGACUGAAGUGGUAACGACAUCUACAGAAGCUCCAUCCACGAUAGCAGCUGCUACUACCGAGGAGAGUACAUCCACCAUAAUUACUACGACCACAGUAGAGGAAACAACUACAGAAGCUACGGUUCCACCCACUACAACCGUCACAGUAGCUUCGACUACAGUAACAACUACCAGUGUUAUUGAACCUACCAGUACCCUAGCACCAUCCACGACGGAAGUGACAACAACAUCUAGAGAGGCUCCAACCACGAUAGGAGCUACUACUACCGAGGAGAGGACAUCCACCAUAAAUACUACGACCACAGUAGAGGAAACAACUACAAAAGCUACUGUUCCACCCACUACCACCGUCACUGUAGCUCCGACUACAGUAGUAGCUACUACUGCUACUGAAACUUCUAGUACCAUAGCACCAACCACGACUGAAGUGGUAACGACAUCUACACAAGCUCCAUCCACGAUAGCAGCUACUACUACCGAGGAGAGUACAUCCACCAUAAUUACUACGACAACAGUAGAGGAAACAACGACAGAAGCUACUGUUCCACCCACUACAACCGUCACAGUAGCUUCGACUACAGUUACAGCUACCAGUGCUAUUGAAACUACCAGUACCAUAGCACCAACCACGACUGAAGUGGUAACGACAUCUACAGAAGCUCCAUCCACGAUAGCAGCUGCUACUACCGAGGAGAGUACAUCCACCAUAAUUACUACGACCACAGUAGAGGAAACAACUACAGAAGCUACGGUUCCACCCACUACAACCGUCACAGUAGCUUCGACUACAGUAACAACUACCAGUGUUAUUGAACCUACCAGUACCCUGGCACCAUCCACGACGGAAGUGACAACAACAUCUAGAGAGGCUCCAACCACGAUAGGAGCUACUACUACCGAGGAGAGUACAUCCACCAUAAUUACUACGACCACAGUAGAGGAAACAACUACAAAAGCUACUGUUCCACCCACUACCACCGUCACUGUAGCUCCGACUACAGUAGUAGCUACUACUGCUACUGAAACUUCUAGUACCAUAGCACCAACCACGACUGAAGUGGUAACGACAUCUACACAAGCUCCAUCCACGAUAGCAGCUACUACUACCGAGGAGAGUACAUCCACCAUAAUUACUACGACCACAGUAGAGGAAACAACGACAGAAGCUACUGUUCCACCCACUACAACCGUCACAGUAGCUUCGACUACAGUUACAGCUACCAGUCCUAUUGAAACUACCAGUACCAUAGCACCAACCACGACUGAAGUGGUAACGACAUCUACAGAAGCUCCAUCCACGAUAGCAGCUGCUACUACCGAGGAGAGUACAUCCACCAUAAUUACUACGACCACAGUAGAGGAAACAACUACAGAAGCUACGGUUCCACCCACCACAACCGUCACAGUAGCUUCGACUACAGUAACAACUACCAGUGUUAUUGAACCUACCAGUACCCUAGCACCAUCCACGACGGAAGUGACAACAACAUCUAGAGAGGCUCCAACCACGAUAGGAGCUACUACUACCGAGGAGAGUACAUUCACCAUAAUUACUACGACCACAGUAGAGGAAACAACUACAAAAGCUACUGUUCCACCCACUACCACCGUCACUGUAGCUCCGACUACAGUAGUAGCUACUACUGCUACUGAAACUUCUAGUACCAUAGCACCAACCACGACUGAAGUGGUAACGACAUCUACACAAGCUCCAUCCACGAUAGCAGCUACUACCACCGAGGAGAGUACAUCCACCAUAAUUACUACGACCACAGUAGAGGAAACAACGACAGAAGCUACUGUUCCACCCACUACAACCGUCACAGUAGCUUCGACUACAGUUACAGCUACCAGUCCUAUUGAAACUACCAGUACCAUAGCACCAACCACGACUGAAGUGGUAACGACAUCUACAGAAGCUCCAUCCACGAUAGCAGCUGCUACUACCGAGGAGAGUACAUCCACCAUAAUUACUACGACCACAGUAGAGGAAACAACUACAGAAGCUACGGUUCCACCCACUACAACCGUCACAGUAGCUUCGACUACAGUAACAACUACCAGUGUUAUUGAACCUACCAGUACCCUAGCACCAUCCACGACGGAAGUGACAACAACAUCUAGAGAGGCUCCAACCACGAUAGGAGCUACUACUACCGAGGAGAGGACAUCCACCAUAAAUACUACGACCACAGUAGAGGAAACAACUACAAAAGCUACUGUUCCACCCACUACCACCGUCACUGUAGCUCCGACUACAGUAGUAGCUACUACUGCUACUGAAACUUCUAGUACCAUAGCACCAACCACGACUGAAGUGGUAACGACAUCUACACAAGCUCCAUCCACGAUAGCAGCUACUACUACCGAGGAGAGUACAUCCACCAUAAUUACUACGACAACAGUAGAGGAAACAACGACAGAAGCUACUGUUCCACCCACUACAACCGUCACAGUAGCUUCGACUACAGUUACAGCUACCAGUGCUAUUGAAACUACCAGUACCAUAGCACCAACCACGACUGAAGUGGUAACGACAUCUACAGAAGCUCCAUCCACGAUAGCAGCUGCUACUACCGAGGAGAGUACAUCCACCAUAAUUACUACGACCACAGUAGAGGAAACAACUACAGAAGCUACGGUUCCACCCACUACAACCGUCACAGUAGCUUCGACUACAGUAACAACUACCAGUGUUAUUGAACCUACCAGUACCCUAGCACCAUCCACGACGGAAGUGACAACAACAUCUAGAGAGGCUCCAACCACGAUAGGAGCUACUACUACCGAGGAGAGGUCAUCCACCAUAAAUACUACGACCACAGUAGAGGAAACAACUACAAAAGCUACUGUUCCACCCACUACCACCGUCACUGUAGCUCCGACUACAGUAGUAGCUACUACUGCUACUGAAACUUCUAGUACCAUAGCACCAACCACGACUGAAGUGGUAACGACAUCUACACAAGCUCCAUCCACGAUAGCAGCUACUACUACCGAGGAGAGUACAUCCACCAUAAUUACUACGACCACAGUAGAGGAAACAACGACAGAAGCUACUGUUCCACCCACUACAACCGUCACAGUAGCUUCGACUACAGUUACAGCUACCAGUGCUAUUGAAACUACCAGUACCAUAGCACCAACCACGACUGAAGUGGUAACGACAUCUACAGAAGCUCCAUCCACGAUAGCAGCUGCUACUACCGAGGAGAGUACAUCCACCAUAAUUACUACGACCACAGUAGAGGAAACAACUACAGAAGCUACGGUUCCACCCACUACAACCGUCACAGUAGCUUCGACUACAGUAACAACUACCAGUGUUAUUGAACCUACCAGUACCCUAGCACCAUCCACGACGGAAGUGACAACAACAUCUAGAGAGGCUCCAACCACGAUAGGAGCUACUACUACCGAGGAGAGGACAUCCACCAUAAAUACUACGACCACAGUAGAGGAAACAACUACAAAAGCUACUGUUCCACCCACUACCACCGUCACUGUAGCUCCGACUACAGUAGUAGCUACUACUGCUACUGAAACUUCUAGUACCAUAGCACCAACCACGACUGAAGUGGUAACGACAUCUACACAAGCUCCAUCCACGAUAGCAGCUACUACUACCGAGGAGAGUACAUCCACCAUAAUUACUACGACCACAGUAGAGGAAACAACGACAGAAGCUACUGUUCCACCCACUACAACCGUCACAGUAGCUUCGACUACAGUUACAGCUACCAGUGCUAUUGAAACUACCAGUACCAUAACACCAACCACGACUGAAGUGGUAAUGACAUCUACAGAAGCUACUGUUCCACCCACUACAACCGUCACAGUAGCUUCGACUACAGUUACAGCUACCAGUGCUAUUGAAACUACCAGUACCAUAGCACCAACCACGACUGAAGUGGUAACGACAUCUACAGAAGCUCCAUCCACGAUAGCAGCUGCUACUACCGAGGAGAGUACAUCCACCAUAAUUACUACGACCACAGUAAAGGAAACAACUACAGAAGCUACUGUUCCACCCCCUACCACCGUCGCCGUAGCCCCGACUACAGUAGUAUCUACUACUGCUACUGAAACUACCAGUACCAUAGCACCAACUACGACUGAAGUGAUAACUUCAAUAUCUACUGCUGCUACUGAAACUACCAGUACCAUAGCACCAACUACGACUGAAGUGAUAACUUCAAUAUCUACAGAAGCUCCAUCCACGACAGCAGGUACUACUACUGAGGAAAGUACAUCCACCAUAAUUACUUCGACCACAGCAGAGGAAGCAACUACAGUAGCUACUGUUCCACCCCCUACCACCGUCACCGUAGCGCCGACUACAGUAGUAUCUACUACUGCUACUGAAGCUACUAGUACCAUAGCACCAACCACGACUGAAGUGGUAACGACAUUUACAGAAACUCCAUCCACGGUACCAGUUACUACUACUGAGGAAAGUACAUCCACCAUAAUUACUUCGACCACAGUAGAGGAAGCCACUACAGUAGCUACUGUUCCACCCCCUACCACUGUCACCGUAGCGCCGACUACAGUAGUAUCUACUACUGCUACUGAAACUACCAGUACCAUAGCAUCAACUACGACUGAAGUGAUAACUUCAAUAUCUACAGAAGCUCCAUCCACGACAGCAGGUACUACUACUGAGGAAAGUACAUCCACCAUAAUUACUUCGACCACAGCAGAGGAAGCAACUACAGUAGCUACUGUUCCACCCCCUACCACCGUCACCGUAGCGCCGACUACAGUAGUAUCUACUGCUGCUACUGAAACUACCAGUACUAUAGCACCAACUACGACUGAAGUGAUAACUUCAAUAUCUACUGCUGCUACUGAAACUACCAGUACCAUAGCAGCAACUACGACUGAAGUGAUAACUUCAAUAUCUACAGAAGCUCCAUCCACGACAGCAGGUACUACUACUGAGGAAAGUACAUCCACCAUAAUUACUUCGACCACAGUAGAGGAAGCAACUACAGUAGCUACUGUUCCACCCCUUACCACCGUCACCUUAGCGCCGACUACAAUAGUAUCUACUACUGCUACUGAAACUACCAGUACCAUAGCACCAACGACGACUGAAAUGAUAACGAUAAAAUCUACAGAAUCUCAAUCCACGAUACCAGCUACUACUACUGAGGAGAGUACAUCAGCCAUAAUUACUACGACUACAGUAGAGGAAACAACUACAGAAGCUAUUAUUCCACCCUCUACCACCAUCACCGCAGCUCCGACUACAGUAGUAGCUACUACUGCUACUGAAACUGCCAGUACCAUAACACCAACGACAACUGAAGUUAUAUCAACAGAGUUCACGGAGAGUACUACAUCCACAGAAACUCCAAUCAUAGUACCAGUAAUCGCUACUGAAGAGAGUACAAUCAGCACAAUUUCUACCACCAUGGUAAAAGAGUCAACUACCGAGUCUACUAUAUCACCCACUACCCCUUCUACAAUAACUUCGUCAGGAGUAGCAUCAAUUACUACUCUGGAAAUUACGACUACUGUAGCAGCAACAACUGAAGUGGUAACUACGGAAUCCGCGGAAAUUUCCAUAACAUUCACAGAAAGUACAUCCACAGUGCCAGCAACAAGUACGAUGCCACCUACUACUAUAGCGACUGUAUCUCCAACAACUCUACCAGUGAUCCCUACUGAAGAAGCAACAAGCCUAGCCUUACCCUCCUUAACUGAAUUAAUCACGUCAGAAUCUACGAUGCCUAUUACUAUCACACCUGUAGAAGUUCCAACUUCAAUCUCAGUAGCUACUAUCGCAGAAAUGACAACAGCCAUGAUUAUGACAACCAUAAUAGAAGAAAUUACUACAGAAUCUCCUAUUCUGCCCACCACACCAUCUGUAGUAUCUCCGACAACAGUAACUACUACCACUGCUGAAGAAUUAGUAUCUACUACCGUAGCAAUAACUACUUCAACCGAAAUUGUUACGACAGAUUGGGCAAUGUCUCUUGCAACUACAGCAACAGAACCUUCAUCCACUUCUGAAGAAAGUACAACUAUCACGAUUAUUACAGCCACAACUGAGGAGACUACGACGAAAUUUAUUGUUCCACCUAUUGUCACGUCUACAGUUUCUCCAAGUAUAAUAUUAACAACACCAAUGGUUGCAUUAUUCACAGAGUUCACUGGAACUUCUUCUGAAACUCUCAUUGAAAGUGUACCUACCACCAUCUCAUCAACCGUGUUGGUAACAACAGCCAGUGAAGUUUUGGUCACUCCUCUAAAAACAACGACUGUUAUGACUACAACGGAAUUUACUUCAAGUACAUCAACACCAUCAACAGAAGCAUUAGAACUUACAACAGAACCAUUUACUACUACUACUACUAGCAUUCAUUUAUUACCAACCACUACUACUUUCUUUGUACCGCUGACAACCUUUACAACUUUAAAAAUGACUACAUGGCGGGCCACACCUAAAACAGUGAGGAUAUCAACAUUAAAAACAACUACACCUUUCAAAGAAGAAAUAACAGAAUAUCUUGAAAUGACAGAAACGUUUCAUGAUAUAGAAUUAGAAAAGGAACAUGAAGAAGAAUAUGAAGAAGAAGUAACUACUACAGAAUAUCCAACAUGGUAUGACUAUGAAGAAGAAACAACUACUACUAAAUUCAUACCAGAAAGAACUACAAGGUCCACUUUACCUAAGAAAAUUACAAAGACUACAAAAUCAGGUACCAAAAGAACAACCUUGACGAGUGUAAAAUAUACGACUGCUGUUAUUUCAUCCAUGCCAACUACAGAAAUCAGAGAAAUAACAUCCGAAUCACCAUUCGUUAGUACUGAAACAACAGAACCUACAACAGAAUUUGCAACUACGGAAUCUAUAUCAAUUAAUAUAACUACCGAAACAACUCUAUCUAUGAAAGUUGAGGUUGCUUCAUCGUUACUAACUACAGGAAUAACAGAAGCAACGUCCCCAUCGAUUGUUACUGAAGCAACCGAAUCUACAACUGAAUCUAUAACUACGGAACCUUGGCUAGCUACUCUAACUGAAACGACUGAAACAGUUACAUCUCUCGAGACUGUAGUUACUUUGUCUAUACCAGUUACGAAAAUUACAGAAGAAACUACAGAAUCUACAACCGAGCUAACAACUACAACUACAGAGUCCUUACCAAGUGUCCUAACUACUGAAACAACUGAAAUAACUGCAUCUUUAACAGCUAGUGUUUCUUAUCCGUUACUAACUACAGAAAUAAUAGAAAUAACAACUGAAACUAUAACUACAGAAUCUUUGCCAACCAGUGAAACGUUCGAAACCACUGAACCAACUACAUUUGUCGAAGCUAACGUUACUUCACCGAUGUUAGUUACAGAAACCACAGAAUUAACUACAGUGCUUACUGAAACAACCGAAUCUACAACUGAAUCUGUAACAACAGAAUUUUUACCAACUAGUGUAACCACUGAAGCAACUGCAUCCGUCGAAGUCGAGGUUACGUCUGAGACACCUACUACGGAAAUCACAGGAAUAACUUCAGUACUUACCGAAAUAACAGAAUCUACAACUGGAUCUUUACCAACUAGUGUAACCAGUGAAACAACUGCAUCCGUUGCAGUUGAGAUUAUUUCUGAGACACCUACUACGGAAAUUACAAAAAUAACUUCAGAACGUAUUGAAACAACCGCAUCUACAACUGAAUCUGUAACAACAGAAUCUUUAUCAAUUAAUGCGACCACUGAAACAACUGUAUCCGUCGAAGUCGAGGUUAUUUCUGAGACACCUACUACGGAAAUCACAGGAAUAACUUCAGUACUUACCGAAAUAACAGAAUCUACAACUGAAUCUGUAACAACAGAAUUUUUACCAGGUAAUGUAACCACUGAAACAACUGUAUCCGUCGAAGUCAAGGUUACUUCUGAAACACCUACUACGGAAAUGACAGAAAUAACUUCAGUACUUACCGAAACAACAGAAUCUACAAUUGGAUCUUUACCAACUAGUGUAACCAGUGAAACAACUGCAUCCGUUGCAGUUGAGAUUAUUUCUGAGACACCUACUACGGAAAUUACAAAAAUAACUUCAGAACGUAUUGAAACAACCGCAUCUACAACUGAAUCUGUAACAACAGAAUCUUUACCAACUAAUGCGACCACUGAAACAACUGUAUCCGUCGAAGUCGAGGUUACUUCUGAGAUACCUAUUACGGAAAUCACAGAAAUAACUCCAGUACUUACCGAAACAACAGAAUCUACAACUGAAUCUGUAACAACAGAAUCUUUACCAACUAGUGUAACCACUGAAACAACUACAUCUGUUGCAGUUGAGAUUAUUUCUGAGACAGCUACUACAGAAAUAAUAGAAAUAACAACUGAAACUAUAACUACAGAAUCUUUGCCAACCAGUGAAACGUUCGAAACCACUGAACCAACUACAUUUGUCGAAGCUGUUACUUCACCGAUGUUAGUUACGGAAACCACAGAAUUAACUACAGUGCUUACUGAAACAACCGAAUCUACAACUGAAUCUGUAACAACAGAAUCUUUACCAACUAGUGUAACCACUGAAACAACUGCAUCUGUUGCAGUUGAGAUUAUUUCUGAGACAGCUACUACAGAAAUAGUAGAAAUAACAAAUGAAACUAUAACUACAGAAUCUUUGCUAACCAGUGAAACGUUCGAAACCACUGAACCAACUACAUUUGUCGAAGCUGUUACUUCACCGAUGUUAGGUACGGAAACCACAGAAUUAACUACAGUGCUUCCUGAAACAACCGAAUCUACAACUGAAUCUGUAACAACAGAAUCUUUACCAACUAGUGUAACCACUGAAACAACUGCAUCUGUUGCAGUUGAGAUUAUUUCUGAGACAGCUACUACAGAAAUAAUAGAAAUAACAACUGAAACUAUAACUACAGAAUCUUUGCCAACCAGUGAAACGUUCGAAACCACUGAACCAACUACAUUUGUCGAAGCUGUUACUUCACCGAUGUUAAUUACGGAAACCACAGAAUUAACUACAGUGCUUACUGAAACAACCGAAUCUACAACUGAAUCUGUAACAACAGAAUCUGUACCAGCUAAUGCAACCACUGAAACAACUGUGCCUCUCAGAACUUCGGUUAGUUCACCGUUACCAGUAACGGAGCUCACAGAAGUAACAACAGAAUCUUCAUCUGUCGGCAUUGAAACAGCAGCAUUUACAACUGAGUUUACAAGUGAAAGCACAGAGAGUUUAUCUACUAGUCCCACGACUGAAACAACGGAAACAACGAUGUCUAUCGAAGAAGAAAUUAGUUUACUAUCAAUAACCACAAAAAGUACAGAAAUAGCAACAGAAUCUUUAUUUACUGCUGCUGAAACAUCAGAAUCAACACCCAUUGAAACAACAGCAACAACGUUGUCUUCCGAAACAGUCACUUCAUCAUUCCAGACUACCGAGCUCUCGGAAACAACUACAGAAUCUCCAUCAGUUACAACUCAAGCAACAAAAUCUAUGCCUGAAUUUAUAACUACAACUACGGAGUUUAUUUUUACUAAUCUAACCAUAGAAACAACUGAAACAACUCUGCCUACAGCAGAAAACAUUACUCUACCGUUACCAACAAUAGAAAUCACAAAAGAAUCUACCGAAUUCGAAACAACAGUACCUACAAUGGAGCUAAUGAAUAUAACUGCAGAAACCUUACCUACUUAUAUUACCACUGAAACAACUGAAACAACACGUACAUCUUUAGAGAUAGUAUUAAUCACUAUCCCUGUACCUGAAAAAGUUACCACAAUUUCUGUUGUUACAUUCAUGAACGAAACUGUAACUUCUGCAACAGAACUGCCAUCAACAAUUUCUAUAACAACAUUUCCUUUAGUUAAUUUGACCACAGAAUUUACCAGCCUCAGUACUUUUGGAACCACACCGUUUGUGUAUGUCACAUCGUCUAUAACAUCCCCUGAGGUGACAACAACAAAAUUGUUUGAAACAAGCACGUCAGCUGCAGAGAUAUCAACUGUCGAGACAACUGAAAUGACCGAAAUAGUUCAUGAUACCGAGUUAGAGACAGAAGAAUAUGAAGAAUACGAAGAAGAAAUUACCACUGAAGAACAUCCAUCGUUUUAUGAUUAUGAAGAGACAGGAACCACUGGAACAACAUUAACAACACUGUCGAUUGAAACGGAAUACCCAACUACAACAGAAGGUGUUACUAUUUUCAAGGAGAGUUCAUUAUUUACAACAGAAUUGACUACCAUGUUUGGUACCAUAUCCAGUGAGUUAUCUGUAGUUUUAGAAACCCCUGAAACAACAACACCAAUAACAGCGUUCUGGGAAGUUAAUAUCACUACAGUACCCUUUAUAAUUGCAAAUAUUACUGAAGAAAUAUCAGAAUUUACAACAGAAUCUAUCAAUGUAACUACUGAACGGAUUCCAAUAGUUACUGAAACAACUAAAUAUACAACCACUGAAUUGCCAAGUGUUACUGUUACAACUGAAAGCACCAGUUUUCAUACAAAACUUACAGAAACUAGAGAACCAAUCACAUCGUAUAUUACAUCAAUUGAGACAUUUGCAGCAGAAACAACACCAAUUUCUAUCCUUCCUGAAGUUACAACAAUUGCAUCUCUUACUUCUCCUGAAGUAAUCACCAUAAGUGAAGAAGUUACAAGUACUGAAGAGCAGUAUGGUGAAACAGAAACAAUAUACGAUACCGAAUAUGGAAAAGAAUAUAACGAAACAUACGACGAAGAAGAAGAAGAAUACGAAGAAGAAGAAAGUACAGAAAUAGUCAGUCCAAUUUGGCAUGACUACAUAGAAGAAAAUUUCACGUCUACAACUGAAAGUAUUAUCCACGUAGAAGUUACAAUUACAGGGAAAGAAACAACUCUUGUAACAUUUACUGAAUCAGCUAUUUCAAUUUUGACGACAGCCUCGACCCUGUCAACGGAAAUAGAAACAACAUUGGAGAAGCCGUUUGUUACUGAAGAAACUACAUGGUCCCUUCGUCCUGAAACAACUUCCACAGUUACAGAAUUUAAUGAAACCGACACGACUGAAGUGGAACUUUCCAACAUUACAACCUCCGUGUACACUCUGCCAUCAACUCCCGAAUUUACCACCGAAUCUUUGCCACAGGACUAUCUAGAAGAAACUGAAAGUUACCAUCUUGAAAGCAAUAUUACAAUGCUUAGUACUACCGAAGUUACAUUAACAACUUAUCUAGCAACACCGAUAGAAACAAUGAUUCAUGAAGAAGAAAGACACACCCUGGAGGGGAUUAUACUAACAACUAUUCCAACUGUACUAGUUACUCUUACAUCAGGUGGUACAACAAACGAAUUCCAGAAGAGAACACGUCAUCGAGAGCUGAAGAUAGAAUUGCUGGAAAAACUUGAAGACCUGGAAACAACACAGGAGGAGAUCCUCGAGGAGGAGGAAGAUUUACAAAAAGAAGAAGAGAAAUGGCAACAAGAGAAAGUGAGACGAAUAAACGAAAUGAUCGAGCGAAAGAAGAAAAUGAAAACAUCCUCAUCGGAGCCACAUGGUGCUACUAAACAACCAGCUUCAAUCCCUAUACAUGGUACAACGAUUCCUCUGAAACCUACCACUUCUGCUCCUGUUAAACCGGUAACAUUCGUAAGUACAACUGAAGACGUUGUCGAGAAAGAGGUAAGAAGACUAGAAAAACAAGUUGAAGAAAAACAGAAGGACUUGAAGGAAAGGGAGGAUCACUUGCUGGAGAGGAAACAUAGACUCCAAAGAGAGAAGGAAGAAUUUGAACAGAAGAUGGAGAAAAUGGAACAGGAAUUGUCUGCGGGAGAUCUUGAAGAGAAAAUGAAAACGGAGAGUGGAACAACGCACACAACACCGUCCCUGACCCAACUGCCACCCACAGAGAGGACAACCAUUGAAAUCAGAGAAACCACGAAGAUGGGAGAAAUUGGUGAAGAUACUACUGACAGGAGGGUUAUUCCUCAAACGUUGCACGAGGAAGAAGAAGAAGAAAAGGAUUACGACGAACAAAAUCCACCCAUGAAAGAAAAAGAUACCACGAAAAUUUGCCUAAACGUCUUGAAGAAUAAAACACUGGGAAGGUACAACGGGAAUGUGGUGACUGAAAGAGUAUGUUUACCAUUUGUCCGUAGUGAAGGUAGAAAAGGCUUGGCGAAUGAGAAAAUGAAGAUAAAUAGCUUAAACCUUAAACAACACGAAUGGACAGAAGGAGACUUUGUGAAAGACAGCAACCAUGAAGGAUUGCAAACUGAGUCCCCAGAGGAUCGGUAUAAACGAAACAACAUUUAUCAGGAAGGGAAUAUUGAUCCUGAGUUUCGUGCACGUUUGUUUGAUGAUCGAGGGAAUUUUCAGCAGGUUGUUCCUGAAGAGAAGAGAAUAGUGACACGAAUUAACGAGGUCAUUCCAAUGUAUGAAAAUUCUAAUUAUGAAUUUAGAGAUGAUAAAUUUAUGGUCACCAAAGCGUUAGGAAGUAAUAAGGAUCAUUGGCAAUAUGAUAAGAAGUACAUGAAGAGAUCAGUUUUGGAGAUUGAUGACGAUGAUGAGAUGAUUAUUAAAAAUAAUUAUGAAACAGACCAUGAAGAAAACGUUUUGCAGAGGCCAACAGAGAGUACAAUUUCAAUAUAUCAUACUUUACCAGCCAAUGAAUUUUUUUGGAAAUCAUUUGCUAAAAAUAAAGAUCCCAACAAAAAGUAUGAUAAAAAUAGAAACACUCAUUUUAUGAGAAAAGUCAGAUCGAGUCAAGAUGAUUUAUCUGUGGAUGACAAUUCUGAGGAUGACAAAAUUGAGUCAACUCCAGAGGACGAAAAUUUGUCAGAUACUUCCAUUUUUGAAAAUGAAAAUCAAGGUCCAAGAAGAGAUCUUGAAGAUGACGAUGAAAAUGAAGAUUCAGAAGGCACUGAUGGUAAAAUUAGAAAAACACCUGGUCCCCAAUGGCCAACUGAACCGCUGACUGCGUAUCACAUAGGCGGUACUGAAACAUGGACUUUGGAAUUUCCUGAAGUAGAGAAAUCAGAAUACCUGGAUGAUGAAAAUUUUGGAAGUGGAUUUUAAUAUCAAAAACCAAAAUAAUGAAACGGAUGUUGAUAAUGACAGAAGGGAUAUCGUUGGUCACGAAAAAAACAUCAAAUCAGUCGUGAACAAGUUGUCUACGCUAUUAGUUUGGUAGCCAACAACGAUCGCUUUUCUUCUUUACUUGACUGAAGUAGAAAAUAUUUUCUUAGAAGGAUUUUUAAUUGAGGUUCAUUUAAUACUAUAAACGUUUUAUCAAA